AUGUAGUGUGAGAAUUUAAAAAUGUCUGAUAAUUUUGUAGAAAAAUAUCCAGAUAGAGUGUAAUCCUUAAUCAUAAUUAGUCCCAUAUUAUUAUAAAUUAGUCAUAGAUCAAGGCUUAAAUUUUAAGAUGGAACAUCUAUCAAAAAAUAUUUAGUAAGCAAGUCUGAUCAUUUUUAUCAUUUUAUUUAGGUUAUUAGAGAUACACUUCAUUUAAAUAAAUAAGAAAGCCUAUACUUAUUCAUUAAUAAUUCUGGUUUAAUCAAAGCAGGUAUUAAUCUUUAAAUAUCAUUUCAGAAAGUUAAGUUGAUGAAAUUUACUAGAAAUUUAAAAGUUCUGAUGGUUUUCUUAGAAUUAAUUUAACUGAGUAUCCUUCUUUUGGAAAUAUAUGA